CUAGGCCUAUAGUGCAAUACCAAGGCCAACGCUCCCAAGCAAGAAAGCAAGCCACGUUCCAUACAAAAUCCAUCCCACUUUUCUUUUAGCUUUUAGACCCAUUCUCUAUCGCAUUACAUUCCUUCAUUUAUAAACCAAAAUGGCAACCAUUGACAUUGAACCUACCACGCCAGAAUCCGGCAAAAACAAAGCCACCGUCGAGGCCCUUUACGCCGCAUUGGCUCUCGGCGACUCCGACAAGGUGGCCAAGCUCCUGGCCAGCGAUCUCGAAUGGUGGUUCCACGGGCCGCCCGGUUGCCAGCACUUGAUGCGGGUGCUCACCGGGGAAUCGGACUGCUCCGCGUUUACAUUCCAUCCACGUCGCAUAACGGCUAUAGGCGACGACUGUGUGAUCGCCGAGGGGUGGGAAGGGGCGCAGGCAUAUUGGGUCCAUGCGUGGACGCUGAAGAACGGGCUGAUCACGCAGCUCAGGGAGUAUUUCAACACGUGGCUCACCGUGAGAGAAGUGUCGUUGCCGCGGUGGGAGGUGGCGCGGGCAAACCAUACACUUUGGCAGAGCCAGGUGAGGGACCGCUUCGACGGGUCGUUGCCGGGGCUCUUGCUUGCCAUAUGAGGAGGGUGGUGCGUGCAUUCAGGUGGUUGGGAAUGAAAAUUCGGGGGCCGGUGUGUGGGUGCGCAUGCGUAAAUAUGUUUGAUGAGAAAAAUCAGGACUACUCUUGUCUGUCAUAUCAAGUUGGAGGAAAGUGGAAAGAAUUGUAGUCAAUGUAGUGUCACUCAUGUUAAUAUUAAAAUCAUGCAUCUGUCGGACUAUGAAUCUUUGUCUGAUGGAAGCUUCCUACGGGGCUCACAAGUGAACAAAAUGACGGAAAUUAAUUGAAGGACCACCAUUUCAAUCA